UUGGAAUAAAACAAAAUUGUAAAAAACACACGUCAAAAUUUUACCAAGAAACAAGAGAAUAGGAAGCAAAACGAAAAGAAAUAAAAAUUAAAUUUAAUUAUUUAAUAAUUUAGCAAAAACGUUUAAGAAUUUUUGUAAUAAUUCCAUAUAAAAUAUAUUGUUUAAUAAAAAACAAAAUACAACAACGCAACAUUUGUACGACAACAAAAAGUGUCUUUCUUAUUUUUUUAAUCAAACAAAAACAACGAAAAUCUCCAACCCAAAAAAAAAACCUAUUCAAAAAGCCCAAUUAAUUAGCUAAAGCACAGCGAAAAUAUUGUGCUAAAUCUAAAAAAAAAAGAAUUAGAAAAAGCGAAUAAUCAUGGCAAGUUCAACAACAGGUCCUACGAAACAAGAAAUUGAGGCAGUUUUUACACGUUUAAGAUCACAACCAGCAAACAAGGCUUGUUUCGAUUGUGGUGCCAAGGCACCUACCUGGUCUACCGUUACAUAUGGCGUUUUUAUUUGCAUCGAUUGCUCAGCCGUUCAUCGCAGUUUGGGCGUCCAUUUGACUUUUGUGCGUUCCACAAAUCUAGACACCAACUGGACUUGGCUUCAACUGCGUCAAAUGCAAUUGGGCGGUAAUGCAAAUGCUGCUCAAUUCUUCCGUCAACAUAAUUGCACCACUACGGAUGCCCAGCAAAAGUAUAAUUCACGUGCUGCUCAAUUGUAUCGCGAUAAAUUGGCCAAUAUGGCUCAACAGGCCAUGAAAAUACAUGGUACAAAGGUAAGUGUUGUUGUGAAGGAUGACAAAUUGUUUGCAAAUGAAAAUUUGUUGAUUUUUAAUUUGUUACAAGUUAAGCAAGAGCAUACAAACCAUUAGGGGAUAUUUUAAUAU